AAAACAGUUAACUUUAGUGUUUGGAGUUCAUGCCUGAGCCAUCUUUGUCGACAUUUAUUUGUGUGCCUGUAUCGCAUUUUUAAGAAAGAAAAGCCUCCCCCGACCAGGGUGCAGCGGUGUUUACUCAUUCUGGAUAGCUGGGGAAACCUACUUAGCACAUACCUAGCUAGCAACAACAACUUUAGCCGACUGCUCUGGGCGACCAUAUGGAAAUGAUAUUUACCCGCUGCCUGGGACAGAAACGAGGCUGCAUUGAUUCCUACUAUCUGGUUUAAUCGUGGGUGGAUGUGAUGUCACCAUGGAAGCACAGAACAACAACCAGCCCGACGUAGACAACCAGAACAAUCUCUACAAGAUACCCGGUCAGGAGGAUCAGAAAAACAUGCCGAGCUGUAAGUACUGCUGCACUCUGGCAAACUUCCGCAUAGAGAAGAAGAUCGGCCGGGGCCAGUUCAGUGAGGUCUACAAAGCCACGUACCUGCUGGAGGGACAGCUGGUCGCGCUCAAGAAAGUCCAGAUCUUUGAGAUGAUGGAUGCCAAAGCUCGUCAGGACUGCAUCAAAGAGAUCGAUUUACUGAAGCAGUUGAAUCACCCCAAUGUAAUCAAAUACCUAGACUCCUUUAUUGAAGACAGCGAGCUCAACAUUGUGCUGGAGUUGGCAGAUGCUGGAGAUCUCUCCCAGAUGAUAAAGUACUUCAAGAAGAAGAGGCGGCUCAUCCCGGAGAGGACUAUAUGGAAAUAUUUUGUGCAGCUCUGCAGUGCUGUGGAGCACAUGCACUCACGUAGAGUAAUGCACCGUGACAUUAAACCAGCCAACGUGUUCAUAACAGCCACGGGGGAGGUAAAGCUGGGUGACCUGGGGUUAGGCCGCUUCUUCAGCUCUAAAACCACUGCAGCUCAUUCCUUAGUGGGGACACCUUACUACAUGUCACCUGAGAGGAUACAUGAGAACGGAUACAAUUUUAAGUCCGAUAUCUGGUCCCUGGGAUGUCUUCUGUAUGAAAUGGCAGCUCUGCAGAGUCCAUUUUAUGGGGACAAAAUGAACCUCCUGUCCCUCUGCCAGAAGAUUGAACAGUGUGAUUACCCUCCCCUCCCACCGGACCAUUACUCUGAGAAGCUGCGGAACCUGGUAAGCAUGUGCAUCAACCCGGACCCAGACCAGCGGCCGGACAUCGUCUUUGUGCUGCAGAUCGCCAAACAGAUGCACAUGUGGACGUCCAGCACCUGAGCGCCACCUCCUGCUCCAAGCCUCCUCCUCCUCAUCGGGCCCGAGGAAAACACUCAAACCGCUUCGACGUAAGCUCUGCCUGGUCUCGCAGAAAAGCGUUUUCGCCCACACCCUCAUCUCAACAGAGAUGAAAACGAGCACAGGUGGACUGCGUUGUUGUCCACGGGCAGGCAGUGCCACUUCUUUUCUGUCGUGGAGGGAUGUCAAGAGAUGCUUUAGCGACGUUGCCACUCAUGGUAAAGUUUAUGAAACAACACUUGUUCAAUUGAGAAGUGACUGCGUCUCUGUCCCUUUCUUUAGCUGAGGAUAGAGAGAGCUGUGUCUUUUUUUUUUUUUUUUUUUGUAUAACUCCACGGGGGGGUUGCAUUCCAAGUUCAUGCCUUGUGUUUCAGGUAACAUAUGCAGCAGAGCUGGGCAAUUUGAAUAUUUAUCAUCUGUCUAUCUAUAAUAAGUGUUUUUUUUUUUUUUACCAUCAAUUUCGGGGUCUAAAGGGACAGUUAGUAAAUACUUACUAGUGAUUACUGAGUCACAUCUCUUUGAAAGUGAUUUCUGAAGAAUACCGCUUUGCUCAGCUGCUUGCAGUUAGUGUAGUGUGACGGAGACGAGCUAAGCAGCUUUAACAUGUGAUACAUACUGUAUAUUUAUUUCUGGCAGAAGGUCGUCUGUAUGGAAGCCAGAGCGACUGUGGUGGUGACUGAACGUGUCUCGACCCAGUUUCUCAAACAUAAUCGUUUAAUGUUCCCAUUAUUUUCAGGUUUUAAAGCUCGAGGCCUAUUGACUCACAGUCUUCUUACCAGCUCUUACUCUUGCUUACCUGUCCAGUGUUUUAACACCCUGAGAAUCCAGACUUGAGACAAUCCUCCAGACAAAACCCUAGCCAACCGAAGAGAACCCUGAACAAGCCCUGAAAUAAAUCCAACUCUUAUCAUCUUCACUUUUGUCAGGUCCUGCGCUACAAAGGUGUUGAUUUCUUUUAUGUAGUGGCGUAAACCUUAGUGGUGGUGUUGUACGCUAAAUACUAGACUGAUGGCUGCCACCCAUUUAAAUUGAAACAUUUAAAUUCAGUGUACAUGCACGUUCAGCAGGGACAAUAUACAACAGAAGUGGCCACAGUUUUAUCCUCCAGUCAUCUCACCACUGUCACGUUGUCGCCAUCUGCUGGACAGAGCCAGUGGAGCUCACAGUGGCUAAUGUGGUAAAUGGAGAGGUGCGUCCUACCAGGCUACUGUACUAUUACUAGAUGUCAACAGGAAGAAGUUUAAUAAAGUUUGAGCUUGAAGAACCCCACAACCCCCCCCCCCCCCCCCCCCCCCCUAUUGAUAAGACAAAUAUUAGACCUGAUUACAUUAAUUUCUGCUUCUGUAAUAAUGAGAUGCCAUUAUUGAUCCAUCAUGGAGUCAGAGGGAGGGGGGGGGGGGAGUCUAAUGACAUUUUCCAGUUGUAUGGUGGGAAAUAGGAUUAGGAGGGUUCUGGAGCUUGAAGUCAGGCUAUCUGCUUCAGUUCUGACCAAUCCUUAUUUUUUUUAAAUCUGGCUGUAAACUCCCCAACAUUAAGAAGAACAGUACUAAAUAUUUGCAGAAGCCCUUUAAAUCCGGAUCACAGUGUUAAUUCUGGUUAAUAAGACCAGUGUAGUUGUGAUCUUCAUGUAACAGGCCUAAGAAACCAUCACCCACCACAGCAGCUCUGGGCUUCCAGUGGUCUGGACAUUUGGGAAAGGGAAAAAAAAAAAAAAAAAAAAAAAGGACUGGACUUGUCUUUGUUCUCACUGGCUUCUCUCAGUGUCUGAACUGAUUCAUUGUUCUUUGCUCACAAACUUUCUCUUCAUUAGUUAACUCACUAUCUUUUGAAUUUUCUCCUAAUUUGUACGUCGCCUAAGUACUUAUAUGUUACAUAUCAUUAACAGUGUCUAAGUUUAACUAAGAAGGAAAAAAAAUAAACCAUCUUUUGACUAGAACAAACGUUUGUGUCACGGUGGAGGGCGUUUACUGUUCCUAGAGACGUUGCAUACCAUUCGAGUUUUAUGUCGUGCUUUCUGAUUUUUGUUUCUAUGUGCAAAUAUAGACCGUUCUUACUGUGAAAACGUAAACACCGUAGAAAUGAGAUGCUGUGAAAGAUAAACCGGAAUAUGUUUCAAGAUGUUCUUAUGUAAGGAACACAUCUAAUGCACGGUGCCACACAGAACAGCUGUUAACCAACUUGUAUUAAGAUAAUUAAGAUAAUGUCAUCAUCUUUCGACAGCUUUAUAUCCUGUAUCUCCAUCUACAUGUUGUAUUGUACUUAUUGAAUUGUGACUUUUCACUCCAUUAUGUUUUUACCAACCGUGGAAUGUGACAUUAAAUCUAUCUCUGUG